AUGUCGCAGAUUCCUCACGGACAAAUGGCUGUCCCUCCGCUUCCCCCUGGCUGGACACAGCAUAUCGGUCCAGCUGGGCAAGUUUACUAUUACAGUGCGCAGACGCAGGAGUCGACAUAUGUCCGACCCCUCCCAACAGUCCCUGUCGCGAAGAAGGAGAAAGCACACAUCAAGACCCCCAUCCCUGGUACUGACUGGCUUCGCGUAGUCACCACCGAGGGCAAUGUAUUCUACUCCAACAAGGUCACCAAACAAAGCUCAUGGACAAUGCCGCCCGAAAUUGCAGAGGCUGUUCAGGCAUUUGACACCCAAACCAGGGAACAGCAGGCUGCAAAACCAGUUCCGGGUGCUCCAGUUACCAUCGAGAGCAAAGCGACGCGGAGGGCAGAGAAAGAAGCCGCAAAGAGGAAAAGAGAGGAAGCACAGCCUAUAGACGAGAUCGCCACCUCCAAGAAGGCAAAAAUGGAGGAAGACGAUGAAGACGAAGAUGACGAUUCGGACGAUGAAGACUCUGAGGAAGAGGAAUGGCAACGCGAGGCGGCGGAGCAGUUGGCCAGAGAGGCGGAGGAGGAAGAAAAGCGGAGGAAAGAGGAGGAAGAAAGGCUUAAGAAAGCGAAAGAAGAAGAGGAACGACGAGCUCGAGAGAGUAAACCUCAGCUCAACAUGCCUGACAAAGUCGAGUUGUCUAUCGAAGAAGGAAAAGCUCUGUUCAAAACUCUUCUCCGCGAGAAGGAUAUUAAUCCUCUGCUUCCAUGGGACACUUGUCUUCCUCAGUUUAUUUCAGACCCGCGAUACGUCCUUCUGCCAUCCGUCACUGCGCGGAAAGAGGCUUUUGACGAGUAUUGUCGGGAGCGUGCACGAGAACUAAGGGAGUCUGCAGUGAAGAAGGAGAAGGCGGAAGCCAACCCCAAGGAAGAAUUCGACAGACUGCUAAAGGAGGAAGUCAAGAGCACGCGUACUAGCUGGACAGAGUUCAGGAGGACGUGGAAGAAGGAUAGGCGGUUCUAUGGUUGGGGGCGUGACGACCGCGAAAGAGAAAAGGCAUUCAGAGAGUUCUUGAAGGAAUUAGGCGAAACCGUACCAGAGAAGAGGGCUGCUGCCCAGAAGGCUGAGGCAGAUUUCUUUGCCCUUCUCAAAGAACGCCAGGAAAUUCAACCAGGAGUUGUAUGGAAGGAGAUCAAAAGGACACUCUAUGACGAUCCUCGAUACGAUGCUGUCGGCUCCUCGUCUCUACGCGAAGAACUCUUCAAUACAUACAUCAGGACCAUCAAGGCCAACCCAUCCGAAGCGUCGUCUAAGCGCGAAGGAGACAGGCAAGCACAGUCGCCAGAGAAAGAAAGCAAAGAGAGCAGAAGAGAGCGAGCUCUUCGGGAACGGGAACAGAAGGUCAAAAUGGAGCAAGGGCGGGUCUCAAUGAACAUUGAGAAGUCGAGAAUGGGAUUGCAUCAGGAGGGAGGAGAGCGAGCGUUCAAGACAAUGCUAGUAGACGCUAUCCGGGACCCACAGGCUACGUGGGACAUGGCAGUCCAGCAGCUGAGGAUUGAUCCCAGGUUCACUAGCUCCCCGCUUUCUCAUAAUCAGCAAGUCAAGUUGUUCCAUGACCACAUCGCUCACCUCCGUUCGAAGCACUAUGAUGCGCUGCAUGCAUUGUUCAACGAGCAUACCCCCGCUCUGAACACUCGGUUUGGGGAGCUACCGGUCGACACCAUUGUUUCGUCUCCUCAUACGAAGAAGCUCGGCUAUGAUAUCAGCCAAGUUGAAGACGAGUUCUACAGGUGGCAAAAGCAGCGGUACGCUGAGGCAAGGCGCGCCUUCGAUGAGAUGCUCAAUGAAAAUUCGUUCGUUGAAUUUUGGGGUCGCUUGAGCAAGAUGAAGGAUGUUACCCUGGACCAAGGCUUGCAAGUCACUAGCGAGGAUAUUGGUGAGGAUGACGAACCAGUCAGCAAACUGAAUAUGAAGACGUUGGCGGAGACCGUGGAUAUCGGCGAGAUGGUCAAGGUUCUCAAGCGAGACAAGCGAUAUACGGACUUUGACUACACUCCGGAAGAGAGGGAACAGUGGCUGCGGGACUACUUGUCGAAUUUAUCUGCACCGAAGCUUUCUGUACACGUCGGUUCCUGA